AAAGACCUCGUCAUGUACACAGCAGUAUCCUGACCAUGAUAGAACAUCCCAUGUCUGCACUCAUAUGAGAGCCUCUCUAUGAGUCCUUUGAGAUGUCGCGGGCUAACCACUGGGAAAGAAGCUUCCACAAAGUGUGGAGGGGUGAGAAGGCUGGAUGUCAGCUGUUCCUGAGUGUGUGUGGAUGUGCUUCACCUGUAGGCAGUGAUGAUCUGGGAUGAUCUGAAGAAGAAGACAGUCAUCGAGAUAGAAUUCUCCACAGAGGUCAAGGCUGUCAAGUUGCGGAGAGAUAGAAUUGUGGUGGUUUUGGAUUCGAUGAUUAAGGUAUUCACAUUUACACACAAUCCCCAUCAGUUGCACGUCUUUGAAACCUGCUAUAACCCUAAAGGCCUCUGUGUCCUGUGUCCCAACAGUAACAACUCCCUCCUUGCCUUCCCUGGCACUCACACUGGCCAUGUACAGCUUGUGGACCUGGCCAGCACUGAAAAGCCACCAGUGGACAUCCCCGCACACGAGGGUGUCCUGAGCUGUAUUGCUCUCAACCUGCAGGGAACAAGGAUUGCCACCGCAUCUGAAAAAGGGACCCUUAUAAGAAUAUUUGAUACUUCAUCAGGGCAUUUAAUCCAGGAGCUACGAAGAGGAUCUCAAGCAGCUAAUAUCUAUUGCAUCAACUUCAAUCAGGAUGCUUCUCUCAUCUGUGUGUCCAGUGAUCAUGGCACUGUGCACAUUUUUGCAGCUGAAGAUCCAAAAAGGAAUAAACAGUCUAGCUUGGCAUCAGCCAGUUUCCUUCCAAAAUACUUCAGCUCCAAGUGGAGUUUUUCCAAGUUUCAGGUUCCUUCAGGAUCUCCAUGCAUCUGUGCCUUUGGAACAGAGCCCAAUGCGGUCAUUGCUAUCUGUGCAGAUGGCAGCUACUACAAGUUCCUGUUCAGUCCUAAGGGUGAGUGUGUCCGGGACGUGUGUGCACAGUUCCUGGAGAUGACCGAUGACAAGCUGUGACUGUACCUGUGAGUGCAGGUGAUGCCACCAUCCAGCUGCCCUGUGGAUUUCUGGGGCUGGUGCCAGUGCCCCAGGCCUGUGGGUGAGGGGCUCAAGGACCCUGUCAAGGACCUUGGUCUCGAAGCCAUACGUGGUUGUCUGCCUUCCUGAGCAAGGCUUCUCAUUCCCAUAUUAAAAGGAUCGUCAUCAUGGUUCUGCAGACACUCCGUGGCUGUGGACAUCUGUGCCCUUGCUGGCCACUACCCUUUAGUUCAACUGUGAUUGAUGCUAGCAUUAGUGGCACCACACCUUCAUGCCAGUAGGCUCCCUGCAUCCCUGGGGACUGUCCAAGCAUGAAUCAACGGAAGCUUGUAGGAAUGAGUGUGUCAGAGCUCACACACUAGACAAUUCCAAUCAGAGAACACUACCAGCUUGUCUGGUAGAGCACCCUCUGCCACACGUGAGGAGCGCUGUUCAGAGCACACACUGGGGUGUUCUGACUUUGGCCUUUAGAAUGCGUCACAUCCCAGACCUCCAGAGAGCAGAAUGCUUGUGGCACCCAUUUGAGGCACAGUCCUCAGGCUGCAAGGAGGGGCAGAGUCUCCUGGCUUAGUUUGGGUUAAAACAGAACUUUCCCACUACCUUUACGGAACAGAGUAACACAUAGUCUUUAAGAAUUAGUCCCAGAAGAAAGCAUUACUUUACCUAGGGGCCUUCUCAUGCAGUGUCCAUGUGCCUCUAGCUCCCGUUGGUGUGGAGGGUACUACCUUGGCCUGUGGCGUCUGUCCUGUCUCAUCUCUCCAACAUCCAUAGGAACACACUAACAUUGGGGAUGGCAGGCACAUCCUGGUACUGACACAGACUAUAGAUUCUGUGUUUCUGUACCACUUGAGGUAUAUGUUUAGUUUUUUUUUUUUGUUUUUGUUUUUUUUUUUUUUUUUUACGUAUCUUCUAAGAAGCUCAGUUUUGCGGUUUUGAUUUCAGGUUGCAAACAUUUAAAUUGUGCACAGCAGCAGAUUCUCAGUUCUGCCAGUUCCUUUAUGCUCCUGUAAUCGGCUAACUGUGGAUUUGAUGUCAAGUAUGCAUGUUACCUUAUGUGUAUUUAAUCAUGAAACUUAAUUUUGCACACUUGUUUGUACUGUUUUCUUUGAAAUAAAAGUGACUAAUUUUGUUGUA